GCGAAGACUUCCUAGGUGCCGUCUUGCGACCGACUCGGCUGAUAUCCCUUCGAUCAACAACAACAACACGAAGAACAACAACACCACCACCGUGGUUACGUCUGUCGUGCCCAUCAUCUCACGGGUUAAAACCUUCGGUGCCGUCUUCGCUGCGGACAUCGCCUUCCGUGGGCAGCGUCAGUGGCAGGCACCUGGGGGGGUGGGAGCACCUGGUGGUGGUGUGGGCGAGUCGGUGGCCGUGUCGAGGAAACUCCGAGGCUUCUUUCACUCCGGCUUGGAUCUCUGAGAAACAUGACGGAGUACGCUGGUAAGAGUGCAAGAGGUCGAGACCAGAAAAACUACCGGGACAGAGACGCACAUGGGAACUCGGACAAGUACAGGGACCGAGAUAAAGAUGCCUACCGGAACAGAGAUGACUACGGCGACAGAGACGGCUACCGGGACAAAGAUGUGCGCAGAGACCGGGACAAGUAUGGAGACCGAGAGAACUACCGCAGAGACGACUACGGGCACAGAGACGCCUACGGCGACAGAGAUGGCUACCGGGACCAAGACGUGGGCAGAGACCGAGACAAAUACCGAGACCAGUACCGAGACCGAGGCUACGACAGGAACCAAGACAACUACCGUGGUCGAGACACGUACAGAGACCAGGACAACUACACAGAGAGGGAGCGGGUGAGCAGAGAUCCGCCGAGGAAUGACCGGGAGAGGGCCGAGCCGCCUGCCUAUCGUGACAAUGGCCGUUACGUGGAGCCUGUAGCUGCUGACCCACCCACAAUCCCCGAGGAGUAUUACUACCAGAAAGAAGUGUCAUGGGCAGCUUACUACUUUGCCAAGCUCAAGUACCUGGCCACGCGGAGAGGGAUACUGCAGGCCACACAAGUGCUGCUGUCCAUCCUGUCCGCAGUCCUUGCAGCUGCCUCGCAGAGUGCUUCGCCCGGCUACCUGAGCCUGGGCGACCUUGGCGGAGUCUACUACUACAGCCUGGGUUACGCCUACAGCGGCUUCACGGGCAAGGAUGCUGAGAGACUCAACGACCUGGAUUUGAAGUAUAAUGCGCUGAAGACGCCAGCAGUAAACCUCACACUGGCUGUGGUUCUGCCUGCGAUGGGGUUGUCGUUAUUGUUCAUAGUCCUCGGGCUUCUGCACAUUGAGCGGCGGGCAUGCGGCUGGCUCCUCUUUGAGGCACUUGUGAGUCUCAUAUACGGCCUGGGUUUGAUCCCCGCAGUAGCAUUUUACCUGCACUACAACAUCGAGCAGGUGUACGGCACGCAGGUGUGCAAGGAUCGCUCCGAUAUGCUGGCGAGCAGAAAUUACACCUCCACAUGCGUUUUGCACGCCACCGAGAUCAUGGCGGGUGCGUUUGCGCUCCUGCUAGCGAUCUCCUACCUCAUCAGCAUCUACGUGUGCGUGAGCGACUUCAGAGAGGCACGCCGGCAAAAGGUUGCUGAAGGUAACGAGGACGACACGGCCAUGGGCCCUGUCGCAGCUUCUGCGUACGUCACAUGAAGCGGUCUCGCAAAGUAGUUACGAGCUACCCGUUUGAGUGGGGCCAUUCUCGAACGUGAAGGGUUGCACUGCAAGAGAUCGGGAGAGGAUUGUUUUUGUCUCCUCACACACUGAUAGCACAGUCAGGAUAAACAUUGGGGAGAAAAGGCUAAAAAAACAUUUAAAACUCCCCCAUGGCGAAGGGCACAUCAAUGGGAUGAAUUUAAUGUCAACAUACGCUUAGUUUAAAGAUGUUAUGGUACCAUACCCAAAUGGCUUUGCGAGCGUUACCAGAGCACAUGCAGGAUAUACGAGUCGGAUUAUUUAUGCUGAGCCUUAUUAAAUUGGUCUCGUAAUAUAUAAAAAGACGGUACAUAAAUAUGUGCACACGCUUACAUUGGCAAAGUUAGUGAUCAGAUGUAAGAAAUUCGUAUUUUGUAUCACCGUAAACUAUGAUGAUAUCAAAUGGUCAGAUAUAGUCCAUAAGCAGUGAAUUGUGGAAACAUUCAUUUGGACGAAUCAUAUCAAGUACAAUGUGCCUCUAAGUGGAUUCGUUUAUUGUUGGACAGACAUUGGCUACACUGACUGUUGCAAAGACUUAUUCUUCUCUGUUAGAGAGCACUUCUGGUUGCAAAGCUGCUGUCAAUUCGGAUAACAUUCAAGUAAUCGCCCACUGGUAUUUGUGUACAGAUUUUUUUAUAUUGCCGUUCCAGUUAUUUUUAAUUGUUGUACCUUGAUGGCCUUGGUGUUUAGUGACUGAACCUGUUAUAUUCAGCUUACAUUAAUGCCGUCUAUAUGUAUAUGUAAUUUAUAUCUAAAUGCAGAAACGAGUUAAAGUUAAGUGAAUUUUAAAUUACACGCUGAUACACAGGCUGUGAACGCCUCGGGGUAUAUUCAUUAUGGUGUUUUAGAAUUUUGUAUUGAAUUCAGAAUCUCCACUACUGUCUGUAUCUUGUGAUUCAAUUCUUGUCCUGCUGCAAUGCACGAAUUACAUGUGAAUUCACUUAUAAACAUUUAUUGAAAAAAAUAUGAUGGCGGACGAUAUUAAUGUUCACGUUUUCUUGCUCUGGUCAAAAGUGUGGACAUUGGUCAAUCUAAAACUUGACUCCUAGGCUUUUCAGCUACCCAAUAUACCCUAUAAAUAACAUUUACAGACUCUAGUCUCUUCUGAUAAAUGAUUCUUCAUUAAUGCAGGUAAUUUGUCCAUGCUACACUUGCAUUAUUGGUACAUGAUACUUGAAACAAACAAGACCUGUUAUGCGUGGCCCGGUGUAAUUUUAUUGUUUACACAAUGCACUCUUAAUUAUGACCUUUUCCAUGAUGUUUUUAAAUAAAGUUACAAUAUAUUUUACAAUGUAGGAUGUUUUUUAUAAGCAAACUGUAAUACCAGUAAGUUUACUGAACACAGUGCUGCAUGUCUAAAAUAAAUGUAUACGAUGAAACUAUA